AUGAUUAGCAUCGUGAAAUNUGGUUCACGUUUAAGUUUAUCUCAAACUGAUCAUUCAUCAUCAAAUCGUCGUAAUAUUAUAACAAAAUAUUUUAAAGAAAAAUUAUCUAAACAUAAAAGUUUAGCAUCAUUAAUAUCAUCAUCAUCAUCAUCAAAAACAGAUAUAAAUAUUCCUCAACAUGAAACAGAAAUCUAUGAAAGUGUAUGGAAUUUAGAUGAACAAAUCGAUAAAUUACGUUCAAAAAUUAAUAAACAAAUAUAUUCAGAUAGUCAAUCGAUUGUUUCUCUGUCUGUUGACGAACCAGAACAAAUACAUAAUGAAAUUUAUAUUACUUAUGAACAAGAAUUAUUAACAGCUGCUGCUUGGUAUCAAGAAGGUUUACCACGACAUAUAUGUGAAGAAUAUUUAAAUGAUAAUACUAAACCAAUUGGUUCAUUUAUUAUUCGACAUAGUUAUACAUAUGCAGAAUAUCCAUUUGUUAUAUCAAUAAAAACAAAUAUAUCAUCCAUUGAACAUUAUCUUAUUGAACAAACGAUUGAUAAUAAUGGUUAUCGAUUAAAGGGCUCUUCAAAAACAUUUGAUAAUUUAAGUACACUUGUUCUUCAUCAUACAAUUAUGCCGGAUAUACUUCCUAUCACACUUGUACUACCACAGAUUCAUUCAACAUUGACACCUUUCAAUGAUACUAAUCGACAACGAUUAUCGUCACAUAUUAUUCGUCCUGUUCGAUUCUAG